AAGGACUCGUUCACAUCGUUAACACAUUUAGUUGUAUUGGAUUUGAGUAAAAACCGAUUAACAGAAUUACCGCAAAGUUUUGGUGAUUUAAACCGAUUGACUCGUUUGGAUCUCUACGACAACCAACUCAAGACAUUACCCCUGAGUUUCGCACAAUUGUCACGACUCAAGUGGUUGGACCUGAAGAGCAACCCUCUGGAGUCACAACUGGCCAAAUAUGCGGGCGAUUGCGCCAAUCAGAGACAGUGCGAGAUCUGUGCCAUCAAUUGCAUCAGAUUUGUGAAGAACGAGAGGUUGAGGAUUGAGACCGAGAACCGAAUCAAUGAACAAAAGCUCAGAGAGAAACAGGAAUACGAGAGACAACUGAAUGAGAAGAAUAAGAAAGAGAAGGAGAAGAAGAAGGCGAAGAACACCCGACGAAAGGACAACCGAAAGGCUCAACAAUUGGCGGACAAUAAUUCCGAGAACGACUCGGAGACCAAAGACAACGAUUCCGACGCCAAGAGCCGUAAGAAGGGAUCAAACUCUGGGAACAAAUCGUUUUGUGGUUUUCUGUUUCGAUUUCUAUUCGGUCUGAUAUUAGUCUCAUUGACACUAUUUAUGGGUAUAUCUAUUGGUUUGCAUUUACAAAAUGGACACGAAUUACAAACUGUGGACGACGUGAAGAAUGCGUUCGCCGAUUGUGCCCAACGUAUUGCAAACUAUAAGCACUUUACGAAAGACGUGUCGAUUCUAAUCACAAAUAUAGUCAAUCAUUUGAAACACUUUCGGCACACGUUUUUUGACACCAAACCAAAUGUCACCAAAACUUAA